AGCCGACUGGCUCAAAUACAAAUCCUUAAAAUGACAAAUCCUGCCAAGCCUCUGCAUCCGUCACUGCUGUCAGGUAGCUGCACUUUGAUCCUCGUUCGUUUGAGCAGGAAAUCAAGGAACAUUUCAUGGUAGUCUGUGUGGGGAGCAGAUGUUUUCUGCUUGGUAUAAAAUCUAUUUAAAGGAAGAGAAAGAUGAAAACCGAGCAGAGCUGACACUGACAGGGUGGAGAGGCUCUAAGUAUUUACUGCCAAUCUGAGAGUUUGACUCUUCCAGAGAGAGGCAGACGUAGUUCACAAUGUUUGGAAACACCGGACCGUUCUCAUAUUCCCCCGGGGGUUUCUCCCAGGAGGACUUCCCUCAGCAGAGGCAAGCUUUCCAACAAGAUGACCUGAGGGGUGCUCCACUGCAGAGAAACCACAUGUCCAGGCCCAGUGGAAAAUCCAUAUACAAGCAGAGAAAGGAGUACUCUGAUUCGCUGAACAGACAUCCUGACAACUUUCACGUCAGACUGGAGCACCUGUUCACCUGCGAACUGGACGGCCAGGAUGUGAAGACGAUGAACGACUGCUUGGCCAAGCUGAAGAGGCUGGACGGGAAAGGUCGCCUGUGGCCUCAGGAGAUGAUCAUGGAGGUUCAGGAUGGAUAUCUAGUGCUCAGCGACAUUGAGACCAAGGCAGAGCUGGAGACGCUGCCUCUGGGCUGCAUCGUGCAAACUAAAGCAGUGCUGGACAGCUGCACCUACAACUCCUUGCUGACAGUGACUGUACAAGGACGAAACAAACGCAACCGCCAGGUCUUCAUUUUCCAGUGUGAGGAGACUGGGGCGGAGCAGGUCAAGAGUGAUUUGGAUAACGUGGUGAAAAGAGGAGGUGAUGUUGUGGAGCCGCGCAGAGAGAUACCUGACAUCAGGAGAAAUCUUGAAAAUAUAAUCGGGCAACAUGUCCCAGGGCGGCAGGCAGGGCCUCGUCCUGUGCAGCGAGAGAGAACCCCACCACCACUGGACCACCAACCCCCACAGUGGAGGGACAGAGAGCCAGACGAUAUGCUGCCUCCAAGAUCCUACACACCACAGGAACUGAUGAUGCACCAUCCUGGUCCUCAUCAACUACAGAUAAGAGAGCUCACAGAGCAAACGGACACAGAGAGGACCAUAGACAUUUUGAACCACAUUAUAAAUGAUUUGGAGAUCUUCAUGGGAAAAGUGUCUGCUGCAGUAAAUGCACCUUCUUUACUGCAAGGGGAGAAGAGCAAGAAGAAAAAAGGCCCAUUUAAGAAGAAAUCUAACAAAAAUGAUGCUAGUCUGCCAAGCUGGGAGGAAUACAUCUCCUAUCUUCAGAAAAUCAAAUAUGGAUUCAAUCUGCUGGGCCAGCUGGACGGGACUCUGAGCAGCCCAACGGCUCCUGACUUCGUCCACAUCUUUUUCAACAUUUUAAGCUCGAUACUGCCUGAGUAUCGUGCCGACCUUCCUCUCACUGUGCUCUCCCCACUGCUGACGGACGCGGCCCUGCGGCUGCUCAGCGAGGUGGUGGACCCAGAGGAGGAUCGGCUGUGGAAGUCUCUUGGAGACUGCUGGAACUACCCCAGGUCGAGUUUUCCAAACGAAGAUGUCCCAGUUUACAUCCCAGAGUUCUACGAUGGCUGGCAGCCGUCUCCCCCGUCCCGCAGGCCCUCCACCCUCCCUCCAAUGAGCAGGACCAACAGUCAGCGCUUCCCCCCCAACUCCCCUCGUGAGCCCCCUCUGUACAUGCGGGUCAUAUAUGACUUCCUGGCCAGGAAAAACCGAGAGCUGAGCGUCAUGAAUGGUGAAGAAGUUCAGGUGGUUAAGAAAGAAAAGCAGUGGUGGCUUGUUCGUAACUCGCGGCAGGAGGAAGGCUACGUUCCUCAGAAUGUUCUGGAGCCAGUAAACAGUGGCCAGCAAGCUCAAGACCAACCGUGGGGCUCUCCCGGCGGUCCGGUGACUCUGGACAUGGCCUCCACACCUGCAGAGGUCAAAGCCUGGCUGGAUUACAAAGGUUUCUCCAGAAUAACUGUGACCAGCCUUGGGGUGCUGUCUGGCAAAAUCCUCCUGGGGUUGAGCAAGGAUAACAUUAGGACGGUGUGUCCUGAGGAAGGAGGAAAGGUGUUCUUCCAGCUCCAGGCCGUUAAGUCAGCCAUUGCACUCGCCAGUGAACCAUCAAGCCCGUACAAUGGCCGCUACUAACAACCUGCUUCACUUCAGUUUGAUUUCUCAUGAAUUUCUUUUAAAUUAUCAAAAGGAAUUACUGUCCAAUUCAUCUUUUUGUCAUAAUUUAUUUACCUCUGCAAUUCAGUUAUGUGAGGAAAAGCACCUUUACUGAAUUAAACGUCUAUAUACCUUAUCACCAGCAGCAGUAAUUGUGAGUUAAAUAAGAUUUUACCAUAGUUAUUUCAAAUACAUUUUGCAUAGGUUUUCUGACUGUUAUUUACCCCAAACGUCUGUAUGUAGACAUUUGGUCAAUCCAAAACGGUUUUCCUCUUAAUAUUUACUGUUAACAAAUCAGAUCUUCUUUUCUUCUCCUGCGUUAACUUAUACCUUAUAUUUAGUUUUGAUUGUUAAAUGUCAUGUAUUGUACAGAAAGUGAUGUUGAAAUUGAGCCACAAACAAAAAGAAACCAAGUGAGUGCAAGAUUUAUUUUAAUCCACCAAAGUAUUUCUCUUUCAAAUGUAAAUUAAGUGCUUACUCAAAGUGCUUUCAUUAUAUUAAUAUCAAUGCACAAUUGUAUUUGUUUUUACACAACUCAGAUUCAACUUUAAAUGUUUUGGAACGGGAAUGUGAUCGUUUGGGAAACUGUAAGAUGUGAUCAAAGGACCUGAAAGUUGCUAAUUAAAAAAUAACGUACUAAAAACAAUGUUUCCACUGGUCCUGAAUUUACGAGUUAUUGUCAAUUGCACUUGUGAACGUUGUUCCUUUCAUUGUUACGGUGUGACGGAAUUGUGCUUCACUCUUUCUUGUUUCCCCAC